AGCUGUAUGUAGACGAUCAUGGCCAUCGUCUUCUCCAUUUCCUCACUUCUGUAUAAUAAUCAUAAUAACAAUCCUUUCUCUUUUUCAUCAACUUUUCCCAAAUAAUCAUUAAUUUUUCUCCACCCUAACAACGUUUUCCGAUUAACCUCUUUUCUCUUCACAAUACCAUAUCCUCAAUUUCGUCCUCUUCUUUUCUUUGUUAACCUCUUCAUUUCAUUGAUUUCUCUUCAACAAUUCAAAUCAACUCGAAAAAUCAAAAUCCAAUCAAUUUCGAAUUUCGAAUUUCCAAUUGUUUGUUUUCCGUUCAGCCUCAAGUUUCUAAAUCCGAACGCGUUUCAAUUUCCAAGAUCUUGUUGUUUUUCUAACAAAUUAGGGUUUCUCAUAGCUCUCAAUACUCACCGUCAAUGGUGUCGUGGAGAGAGUGGUGGUUCUGAAACGACGUCGUUUUUAUAUUUUCAUGGGCAACAACUGUGUCGGACCAAACCUUGGUGGCAAUGGCUUCCUUCAAUCCGUUUCGGCGGCCGUUUGGAAAACGCGUCCUCCGGAGCCGAGGCUUCCUCCACCUAACACCGAGGAGAAGGAAAAAGCUCCACCGCCGGCAAAUGCUGCGAAGGAUUCCUCUAAAACAGAGUCGAGUUCCUCCGGAAAAGGUUUGGAACAUGUUGAUAAUCCUCCAAUGCCGGUUCAGAACACACCGCCUGAACCGGUGAAAAUUGCUGCACAAGAACCAAAACCGCUUCCAGUUGAACAUGAGAAGCCGGUUAGACUAGAUGUAAAUAAUGCGACCCCGGCAGCUAGUACUGCUGGGGGUGGUGGUGAGGGUGAUGCAGGGAAAGCUAAGAAACCUACACAUGUGAAAAGGGUAUCAAGUGUUGGACUUCAGGUAGAGUCUGUAUUGGGUAGGAAAACAGAAAACAUAAAGGAUUUUUAUAGUUUGGGGAGAAAACUAGGGCAAGGACAAUUCGGGACGACGUUUCUAUGUAUGGAGAAAGGGACUAACAAGGAGUUUGCAUGCAAAUCGAUUGCGAAGAGGAAAUUAACAACACAAGAGGAUGUUGAGGAUGUUAGGAGGGAGAUUCAGAUAAUGCAUCACUUAGCAGGUCACCCGAAUGUGAUACAAAUAGUUGGUGCUUAUGAAGAUGCUGUUGCUGUUCAUGUUGUUAUGGAGUUAUGUGCUGGUGGUGAACUUUUUGAUAGGAUUAUACAGAGAGGACAUUAUACUGAGAGAAAAGCAGCUGAACUUGCCAGGUUGAUUUUAGCUGUUGUUCAGGCUUGUCAUGCUUUAGGUGUCAUGCAUAGGGAUUUGAAGCCGGAGAAUUUUCUAUUUGUUAACCAUGAAGAGGAAUCGCCGCUUAAGACAAUAGAUUUUGGACUUUCUGUGUUUUUUAGACCAGGUGAAUUAUUUACUGAUGUGGUUGGAAGCCCAUACUAUGUGGCCCCUGAAGUUUUGCGGAAGAACUAUGGUCAAGAAUGUGAUGUUUGGAGCGCGGGGGUGAUCAUUUAUAUUUUACUCAGUGGCGUUCCCCCAUUUUGGGAUGAAACGGAACAAGGAAUAUUUGAGCAAGUAUUGAAAGGCGAGCUUGAUUUUCAAUCUGAACCAUGGCCCAGCAUAUCUGCCAGUGCAAAGGAUCUUGUUCGAAGAAUGCUUGCAAGGGACCCUAAGAAGCGGUUGACGGCACAUGAAGUUCUUUGCCAUCCUUGGGUUCAGGUUGGAGGUGUUGCUCCUGAUAAACCACUUGAUUCCGCUGUUUUAUCUCGCUUGAAGCAGUUCUCUGCUAUGAACAAGCUCAAGAAAAUAGCCAUUCGAGUAAUUGCUGAAAAUCUGUCUGAGGAGGAAAUUGCAGGACUGAAAGAAAUGUUCAAGAUGAUAGACACAGAUAAUAGUGGACAGAUCACUCUCGAGGAACUGAAAAAUGGUUUAGAGAGAGUGGGAUCCGUUCUGAAGGAUUCUGAAAUUACCUGGUUAAUGCAAGCGGCAGACAUUGAUAAUAGUGGUACCAUAGACUAUGGUGAAUUCAUAGCAGCUAUGCUUCAUCUAAACAAGGUCCAGAAGGAGGAUCAUCUAUUUGCAGCCUUUAACUACUUUGACAAAGAUGGUAGUGGAUACAUUACGAAGGAUGAACUUCAACAAGCCUGUCAACAGUUUGGCCUACAAGAAGACCAUCUAGAUGAUAUAAUACGUGAAGCUGAUAAGGAUAAUGAUGGGCGCAUUGACUAUAGUGAAUUUGUUGCAAUGAUGCAAGACACUGAUUUUGGCAAAAAGGGGAUACAUACAUCAUGAGAACAAUUUUGGAUGCCUUCAGGCAUUAGUAAACUAUUGAUCUUGCCAAAUGAGGAUUUUACAGAUAACCUUGAGCGAGUUUCUUCUCUUCUAGAGGAUAAGUUGUAGAAGUGAGCGCGAUUAGAAACUGUUUGAGCUUCAGGGAGAGGAAGCAUGAAUGGCCUGCUAAUUAUAGUGUUUAUGUAUUUAGUAUUUACAACUUUUAAAAAUAUAAGUAGAGUUUUUCCUUUUGAUUCUUUUACCCUCUUUUGGGGUAAAUGGAUGGUAGAAUGAUUUCUCAGCAUGUGAUCUAGCACUGUUUUAUCGAGUGUUGAGCAUCAAAUUGAGAACAAAUUUCUAAGAGAUAUGUUGAAGGACAGGCAGUUAUGCAGUACAAAUGCUCUUUCAGCCGCGCAGGCGUCAUGUCAUUCUUUGAUGCCUUCCCAUGUCAUUUGACAGUCAGACUCAAACCACGUGUUCAUGGCGAAUAUCAUAUUGUAUCAACUCAUGUACCCUGUUUGCAUUCAUGUAUAGAGCUAAGCCCUUUGUACUUUUUGAUUAGUAUUCUUUCAUUUUAAGUGUAUGCACUCCAAUCAAUAUUUUUUGU